AAAAAAAAGAAGAACAAGAAAGAAGGGAGCUAUGUAUGAAAUGCUUGGAGGGCUGAAGCACAUGCUGACGAUAGCUUUCCUGUCAUCAUUCGCCGAAUUGUUGUUGAAUCCAGUAAUAAUUGACGUCACUGUCGCUGCGGUUUGCUCCGAUCCAAACCACUCAUGUUCUUUCGCCGUCUACCUCACCGGAGUAAAACAAGUGACCGUAGGACUAGGGACUAUGGUAAUGAUGCCUGUGAUCGGAAAUCUAGCGGACCGAUACGGAAUCAAGACAUUGCUCACUCUUCCCAUGUGUCUCUCCAUUCUUCCUCCAGCCAUAUUAGGGUAUAGAAGAACUACAAAUUUUUUCUAUGCAUUUUAUAUAAUCAAGACUCUCUUUGAUAUCAUCUGCCAAGGCGCCGUUGAUUGUCUUUCUCAAGCUUAUGUGGCUAAAAAUGCUCAUACCAGGAAAAGAAUAUCAAUGUUUGGAGUCUUAGCAGGUGUCAAAUCAAUUUCUGGAAUUUGUGCAACAUUAGCAGCUCGUGUUCUUCCCGUAGCAUCAAUUUUUCAGGUUUCAGCUAUAUCAUCCUUCGUUGCCGUGGUGCAUAUGCUAGUUUUCUUAAAAGAGAGGCUACACGACAAUGAUGACAGCGACUCUUAUGAUGAUGAUGAUAGAAGUGAUCAAGAGAUUAAUGAUGGUAAUGAUCUAAGGAUGUUAGAAGAGCCGAUUCUAAGAGACGCACAAAUUAAGACACAUAUCUUCACGUCUGUGGAAGACAUGGUCAGUUUGAUUAAUAAUAGCACCAUACUGGUUCAAGCAUUGGUUGUUACAUUCUUUGCUACCUUCUCACUGAGGGGAAUGAACUCUGCAUUCAUGUAUUUUCUGAAAGCCCGUUUUGGGUUCAACAAAAAUGACUUUGCUGAGCUCAUGCUGUUGUCUAGCAUUAUUGGCUCCAUCUCCCAGCUGUUUAUAUUUCCGAUUUUGGUUUCUGCCAUCGGCGAACGUAGGGUUUUAUCAACAGGGCUUCUUAUGGAAUCCUUCAGCGCGGCUUGUCUUAGUCUCGCUUGGUCCCCAUGGGUUCCUUAUGCCACGACCGUGUUAGUACCCGGAGUCAUGUUCGUAAUGCCAUCUGUUUGUGGUAUUACCUCAAGACAAGUUGGAUCCGCUGAACAGGGAAAGGUCCAGGGUUGCAUAUCUGGGGUAAAAUCAUUUGCAGAAGUUGUUGCUCCGCUUUUAUAUAGUCCAUUGACUGCGCUGUUUCUCUCCAACGAUGCACCGUUCUAUUUCCCUGGAUUUAGCCUUUUAUGCAUCUCCUUAUCUUGGAUGAUCGGAUUCCUUCAGAGUAUUCUCAUAAAAGAUGUUCCCACUUCGACAUUGAACAAUGAAAUCAGGAACAAUUCAAACCAGGGCCGUGCCUCACUUUCUUUAGAUUAAAAUCAGGAGAAAAAUUUCGCCCCUUAAUUUAUCCAUGUCUGUUCUCCGUUGUCCUUUGAUUAAAUCUUGAUUAUGGUAUUUACUUUUUUUUUAUAAUCGUAACUUUUACUCAAACAAAAAAACGCACACAAAGUGCUGCAAAGUUGACCGAACAUACAUGUUAAUAAAGG